AUGGAGGCGGAAAUCCAGAAGCAGAUUCCCGGAAUAGAUCAUGUGAUAUCUGAAUACUCGGUGGGCUAUCUAACACAUGCAUCCAAGGCCUAUGUCGAGGACUCUGAUCCAAAUGCUCCAUCACCCCUCCUGGUGGCCGCGGAGACCAUCUCAGCUCUCCUCUUAUCAGCUUCUGGAGAUUUUAGCUCCAGAAACCAAGCCGACAUCCAAAACCUGGUCAAGAAAUUCAUCUCAGCUCUCAGCGCCACAAACGGCGUCGAUGCCAAGGCCCAUGUGCCCUUCGCGGCCAAAAAGCUCGACCAGACCAUCCACGUCGGCUCGCAGAGGAACAUGUCGUCGACCCUAGGCUUGGCGGGUGGCUCCGUCGAUCUGGAAUCUGCUAAUACGCGCAAAGUGGAAUCGCGCGUCGACAAGAAGAAGCUGCAGAAAGCCGAGGCUAAGAUCCGCGCGAAGCAGGAGAGGAAGGAGAUGAAGACGGUUGAGUACGAAGCGUCGAGGUUGCUCAAUGAGCCAGAGUCCACGCAGUCCUACGAGGAGUUUUACAUGGCGGUCAACCCCUUGCAGCUUGGCGGGGAUGCUUCGAAGAGCAAGGAUGUCAAGGUCGAUGUGUUCGAUGUGGCUAUAUCUGGCAAGCGGAUUCUGACAGAUGCGUCGUUGACGCUGGCAUAUGGUAGGCGGUAUGGCUUGGUGGGCCAGAACGGUAUUGGAAAGAGUACACUGCUUCGGGCGCUGAGUCGACGAGAAGUGCCUAUUCCUACGCAUAUUUCUAUCCUCCAUGUCGAGCAAGAGAUUGCCGGUGAUGACACUCCCGCAUUACAGGCUGUGUUGGAUGCAGAUGUCUGGCGGAAACAUCUUCUAAAGGAGCAGGAGAAAAUCUCAGACCAGCUUGCAUCUAUCGAGGAAGAGCGGUCGUCCAUGGCAGACACUUCAAAAGAUGCCAUGCGCCUUGAUAAGGAGAGGGAGGCACUCGACAUCACCCUCAGUGACAUCCACUCCAAGCUUGCAGAAAUGGAAUCGGACAAAGCGGAGCCCCGUGCUGCAAGUAUCCUCGCUGGGUUAGGCUUCUCCCCGGAGCGACAGCAAUUCGCCACAAAGACCUUCUCUGGAGGUUGGCGUAUGCGUCUUGCCCUCGCCCGUGCUCUUUUCUGCGAGCCCGAUCUUUUGCUGCUUGACGAACCGUCUAACAUGUUGGACGUGCCGUCCAUAACCUUCUUGGCCAAUUAUCUUCAAACCUAUCCAAGCACUGUUUUGGUUGUUUCUCACGAUCGAGCAUUCCUCAAUGAGGUUGCCACCGAUAUUAUCCACCAACAUGCCGAACGGUUGGACUACUACAGAGGAGCUAAUUUCGAAUCUUUCUAUGCUACAAAGGAAGAGCGACGAAAGACUGCCAAACGAGAAUAUGAGAAUCAAAUGGCUCAACGGGCCCAUCUGCAACUCUUCAUUGAUAAAUUCCGCUACAACGCCGCUAAGUCCUCCGAGGCGCAGUCGAGAAUCAAGAAGCUCGAGCGCAUGCCGGUCCUGGAACCUCCCGAGAACGAAUAUGUCGUCCACUUCAAAUUCCCAGACGUCGAAAAGCUGUCUCCACCCAUAGUGCAGAUGUCAGAGGUCUGUUUCGGGUACACGAAAGACAAAAUCCUUUUGAGGAAUGUCGACUUGGACGUCCAGCUAGAUUCCCGCAUUGGUAUUGUUGGGCCCAACGGUGCUGGUAAAACCACCGUUCUGAAGUUGCUGAUUGGCGCGCUCUCACCGAUGUCGGGAGUCAUCUCGCAACAUCCCCGACUGCGGAUUGGGUUCUUUGCCCAGCAUCAUGUGGAUGCGCUGGAUAUGAAUACUAGCGCUGUUGGAUUCAUGGCGAAGAACUACCCCGGACAGACGGAGGAAGAAUACCGGCGUCACCUUGGAGCUUUCGGCAUCACCGGCAUGACCGGUCUCCAGAAAUUGGGCCUUUUGUCAGGAGGCCAAAAAUCCCGUGUUGCCUUCGCGUGCAUCUCGCUGACAAACCCGCACAUCCUCGUCCUCGACGAACCGUCCAACCACCUCGACAUCGAAGCCAUGGACGCGUUGUCGGAGGCGUUGAAGAGUUUCCAGGGCGGGGUGCUGAUGGUGUCCCACGACGUGACGAUGUUGCAAAACGUGUGCACGAGUCUGUGGGUUUGCGAUAACGGGACGGUGGAGAAGUUCCCUGGGGAUGUCAAGGCGUAUAAGAAGAGGAUUACAGAGCAGGCCAAUGCGGCUGGGGUGGUGGCUGCGCAUUAG